AUGCUUAUGACGUGGAUGGACGAUGAAAACUGCAAGCGAAGGUCAGAAGGUCUGCGAUUUGUCCAAUUAAUGAAAAACAGGGCAUACCACGAUGGAAUAAAACGAGCUCCUUACGCCGCCAUGUUUGGACAUGAUAUUAAAGUCGGCCUAUCCACAUCAGUUUUUCCAAAAGAACCUAUUGAAAAUAUACGAACCGAAGAAGAACUUGAGAAAGUGGUCAGGGAAUUUGGUGUAGAAGAACAGCGUCAACAAGAACAAAUCGAAGAUCAGCCUAUGGAUCACUAUCUAUAG